CGUUAGGACCCUGAGGCUGAGGGCUUCCCUCCCCAUCCAUUGAUGAGAGCCGCUGGAGCACACUGGCUGCAGACAUCACAGAGAAGCAAAAGUCGGUGGAUUAGGCUUUCAUUGCUCAGUCUGUCACGUAAAAGUUGUGUUUAUUGUCUUCAAGUGUACUACAAUGUCUAAACUACACAGGUUAGACGGAUUUUCUAGCGAUUGAGAUCGAUCCACUCUAACGCAUCGAUCAUUGUGUGCAAAAGAAGUUGUGAAAGCAAAGAAGACAACAUGUCGCUGAGCAGGAGUACUGAAUUCGAACACUUCGAAGAGCGGGAGAAGCCUCACCGGACACCCAGGAGCGGCUCAUCGGGAUCCCACGCUGGCUCCAGAGUCCACGGACUGACGCCCAGUCCGGCGCACAGUGCUCACUGCAGUUUCUACCGCACACGCACCCUGCAGUCUCUCACGUCCGAGAGGAAGGCCAGGAAAGUUCGCUUCUAUCGCAAUGGGGACAAGUACUUUAAAGGUCUGGUUUACGCCGUCUCCGCAGACCGCUUCCGGUCCAUGGACGCCCUGCUCAUGGAGCUCACACGCUCGUUGUCGGACAACGUCAACCUGCCGCAGGGUGUUCGAACCUUGUACACUCUGGAUGGAGGCAGGAAGAUCUACAGCUUGGACGAGAUAGUGGAGGGCGAGAGUUAUGUGUGCGCCUCCAAUGAGCCCUUCAGAUGCGUGGACUACAUUAAGAACGUCAACCCCAACUGGUCAGUUGGCAGCAAGACUGGCACGUCACGCUCCCUCUCGUCGCUCGUCCCGUCCAAGAGUGAGCAUCGUCAUCAUCAGCAGCAGCAGCAGCAUCGCGAGCCCAAGGACUUCAUCAAACCCAAACUGGUCACCGUCAUUCGCAGUGGUGUCAAACCCCGCAAGGCCGUGCGUGUCCUGCUCAACAAGAAGACGGCGCACUCCUUCGAGCAGGUGCUCACCGACAUCACCGACGCCAUCAAGCUGGACUCUGGAGCUGUCAAGAGGCUGUACACACUGCAAGGCAAGCAGAUCACAUGCCUGCAAGACUUCUUUGGUGACGAUGACGUGUUCAUCGCGUGCGGCCCAGAGAAGUAUCGCUACGCCCAUGAUGACUUUGUGUUGGACCACAGCGGUAAGGCUUCCACAGCCUUUAUGACUGAGUGUAAAGUGCUGAAGUCGUCAUACAGUCGUUCCCUUACUGCCAAUCGGACGGCUAAGAGUCCUGGGCUUCCGCGACGAGGCAAGUCUUCUGGUGCAGCGAGGUCUGCAAUCCACUACUCCACAAGUCCAUCUCCGGCCAAAUGGCCAGUAAAUGGUUUGGGUCACAUUUCCACAACAAGGCCCACCAAGUUGUCCAUACCCUCCCCCACCAGCCGUCAAAGCCUCCCCUCUGUCAAGAUCAAUCCUUCACGCCACAUCUCCGGUUCAAACAUCAAAGCUUCACUGAACAACCACCAGGGGGAGACACGCAAUCCAGAGGUCAAUGGUAACCAUGCCGACCGCCUGUCCUCCACCAUCCUGGACAAGUACGCCGUAGGCAAAGUUAUCGGAGAUGGCAACUUUGCCGUGGUCAUGGAGUGUGUGGAGAGGUCCACUGGGAAAGAGUUUGCCCUGAAGAUCAUGGACAAGGCCAAGUGCAGCGGCAAGGAGCUCCUGAUGGAGAACGAGGUGGCUGUGCUGCGACGUGUGAAACACCCCAACAUCAUCAUGCUGAUCGAGGAGGUGGACACACCCUCUGAGCUCUGUCUGGUCAUGGAGCUGGUCAAGGGCGGCGACUUGUUUGACGCCCUCACGUCCUCGGCCAAGUACACAGAGAAGAGCGCCAGCGUCAUGGUGUGCAACUUGGCAGAGGCCCUGAAGUACCUCCACGCCAUGAACAUCGUCCACAGAGACAUCAAGCCAGAAAACCUGCUGGUGUUUGAGUGUCCUGACGGCACAAAAUCUCUCAAACUGGGGGACUUUGGGCUUGCUACCGUGGUGGAAGGACCUUUGUAUACCGUGUGUGGGACGCCAACGUACGUGGCGCCCGAAAUCAUAGCGGAAUCUGGUUACGGAGUCAAGGUGGACAUCUGGGCAGCAGGUGUCAUCACGUACAUCCUCCUGUGUGGUUUCCCUCCUUUUAGAAGUGAGAGCAACCAGCAAGAGGACCUCUUUGACCAGAUUCUACAGGGACGCCUGGACUAUCCCAGUCCUUACUGGGACAACAUCAGUCACUCAGCCAAGGAACUCAUCAGGAAGAUGCUGCAGGUGAACACAGAGGCCCGCUACACGGCGCAGGAUGUCCUCGCUCAUCCUUGGCUCACGACGAUGGCAUGAUGGAGAACAACACGAUGGCCGAAGUGACGGGUAAACUUGAGGACACAUGGCACUGUGGCGGCAGCGCACGCUGUUAGAGUGGUGACCGAGUAGAAAUGAUCUGAUCCAAACACGUUUUUUAAUCCACCACUUAGUUCCAGUGCAGGGUAUAUACAGGUACAUACAAUAUACACACGCGUCUGGGGUUUUAGCGAGUCAACUAUUCCUCCUCCAUCUCAUCAUGUUGUUUUUGUGUGUUUCCACUCUACCUGUGUCCUUCCUUCCAUCCAUCUUCACCCCUGAAGCCAGGACUAAAGGAAACACCUGCAACUGGAAAGUGGGCACACGCCUCCACCUCUACUUCUGCUGCAGUCUACCUUUCAUGUCACCUAGGGCACAAACCUUUACUUCCUUCAUUGUUUUCAUCCUUCCUCUGCUGCCUUAACUUCCUUCUCUUUGUGUCCAUCACAACUGCAUAUUGCGAGAAGCUGCUCUUCAUAUACAGUACAUUCAUAAUAAUACACCAUAAGACCACUUUAACACAUAUAUCCAAUUUAUUGAAAAAGAAUAAGUUUUUACAGACAAUAUAUAUGAAUAUAUUGUGAUAUAUAUGAUAUAUAUGAUAUAAUAAUAUCCCAUUAUUAAUUACGUAUUAUUUAAAUUAAUUAAGAAUUAAUUAAUACAAGUAAUUUAUGAGUAAUUAAUUUUAUUUCAUUAUUUGUUUAAAAUUUUAAUUAAUACAAUUAAAAAAAUAUAAUUAAUUCAUAAUACUAAAAAUAAAAAGGGUGUUUUUGGUUAAUAAAUGCAUUGUACAGCAGACCGUAGUACAUUCAGUCAUGUACGAUGAGGUUCAUGGCUGGUGAGGCGCUGACUCCGUUUUUUUAUGCAACUACAGGUUGCUCAUUAAGACAAUAAACCAAAAAGAGAAACUAAUCCACUUUGGCUAAAAAGAAUUUAUUCUACAUACUUCCUACUCCCUUUUGUUUAUUGAUUGAUUUUAUGAUCUGAGAAACAUUUGUGUUUUACCUUUUAUCUGUAUAUGAAGUACAUGCACCCUGUCCUUCGCCAGCAAAAGUUCUGAUACUUUAUUGUAAAAGUCUGAUCACCUCCUGGUGAGCUUGGGUAUGUAAUCCUCCAUUUUGGCAGGAAAAUUCAUUUAUCCAUUCAGCAGAGCAUAAAAAUAUCUUGAAUGCAUUUGACUUGCUGCUCUAGAGCUAUUAAAAAAACACUGGAUUUUCCACUCUAUGGAAGGGCGGCAGUGAUCAGCACAUUCCAGCUCAUGCACGCCCCCCACCGCUCCAGGAUUAAACGAGUACUGUAAGCACCUCUGGUAUGGUAUUUAAUUGACUGAUUAGCAAGAGUAAUGAGUCACACUUACAUAAAAGACAUUACAAUGUCAUGGUGUAUAAUAAAUAUGUAAAUGUAGAAUCAAUUAGAAACUGUUCAUUCGUUGAUAUACAACGUCUACCCAAACAUCUUUUCUUCCAGAACACAGCCCUCCAAAAGGAGACCCACCACCUGCCGGGACCCCACCCGGCGCUGCAUCAGAAGUCACCUGACACUGCCAUCACCCCUAGGAAAUCCAAGGAAUGUUCACCAACGCACCCUCUGAAAGCGACAGAUGCUACUGAAGCACACCCCACUG